AUGUCCUCCGUGCGGUAUACCCGCUAUCUGGCGGUCGCCCUCGUGUGCCUGACCUUCUUCUAUUUCAUCUCCCGCUCCGACCUGCAGAUUCCCACCUCCGUCUCACUCCCCAAGUCCCGUCCCUCAUACGAAGAUUUCAGAGCGCAAAAGCUACAAUCCGCUGGAAAUUCUACAAAUGAGCGGGUGAACGCCACUUUUGUCACCCUCGCUCGUAACAGUGAUAUUUGGGAUAUCGCAAAGUCCAUCCGCACAGUGGAAGACCGAUUCAACCGCAACUACAACUAUGACUGGGUGUUCCUGAACGACAACGAGUUUGACGAUGACUUCAAGAAACUCACCACCUCGCUGGUGUCCGGAACUACACACUAUGGUCGAAUCCCGAAGGACCACUGGUCCUAUCCGGAAUGGAUUGACCAGGACAAAGCGAAGGAAGCGCGCGAAGAGAUGGAUCGCAAGAAGAUCAUCUACGGAGGCUCCGAGAGCUACCGUCACAUGUGCCGCUAUGAAUCUGGCUUCUUCUUCCGUCACCCGCUGAUGAUGAACUAUGAAUACUACUGGCGCGUCGAGCCCAGCAUUGAACUCUUCUGUGACAUUGGCGCCGACCCUUUCCGCUUCAUGAAGGAGAACGACAAGAAAUACAGCUUUGUCAUCAGUCUGUACGAGUACUACGAGACCAUUCCCACGCUAUGGGAUAGCGUGAAAAAGUUCAUGAAGAACCACCCCGAGCACAUCCCUGAAGGAAAUGCUAUGGACUUUAUCAGCGAGGAUGGUGGCGAGAGUUAUAACAAGUGCCACUUCUGGUCCAACUUCGAAAUUGGCAGCCUGGAAUGGUUGCGCUCCAAGGAGUACAUUGACUAUUUUUCCUCCUUGGAUCAGGAUGGCGGUUUCUUCUACGAACGCUGGGGUGAUGCACCCGUGCACUCUAUUGCCGCUGCCAUUAUGCUGAAGAAGGAGCAAAUUCACUUCUUCAAUGAGAUUGCUUAUUACCAUGUACCAUUCACGCACUGCCCGAUCGACGAGCAGACAAGACUGGACCUUCGCUGUCACUGCAAGCCAGAAGAAAACUUUGAUUGGAAGGGCUAUUCUUGCACCAAUCGGUGGUUCAAGGUCAACAAAAUGACAAUGCCCGAAGGCUGGGACAAGAACGAUUGA